UCUCAAUAAAUUGGAAAAAGAACCUUGAUAAAUAAGGUUAUAGUGGCAUCUCCAGUGAUAAAAAUAAAAACAAGUAUUACUAUUCUAGCUAUAGACUGGGAAAAUAAAUUUAUUUAAAUGUACAUUACACAUAUACUAGUCUUCAUUUCUCCUGUCUUUAAUUCCAAAUCUUGAGACAGGUAUCUUCUUAAGAGGUUGGAGUAUCACAUUUCCAAUACUGGUUUAACGUCACCUGACAUACAUUAAACAUGACAUCAUGUGACCUGUACAAUUGACAAAAAAGACAUACUGUUAAUGCCAUUAUGUCGGAGGAGAGCAAGACUGCACAAUGACUUUUAUAGCCAAAACUUUUUAUGACUUGCAUGCAACUACGCUGGAAGGGGAAACAAUAGAUUUCAAUAUUUUUAGAGGAAGAGUGGUGCUGAUUGAGAAUGUGGCAUCACUUUGAGGGAAAACAACCCAGGACUACAGCCAUCUUAACGAGCUCCAGAGCAGAUAUCCUCACCGACUUGUGGUCCUGGGCUUUCCCUGUAACCAGUUUGGUUACCAGGAGAACUGCUCUAAUGCAGAAAUUCUGAAUUCUUUGAAGUAUGUACGUCCAGGUGAAGGAUAUAAGCCUGCAUUCACCAUUUUUGAGAAGUGCAAUGUAAAUGGGAGUGAUACACAUCCUGUCUUUUCCUAUUUGAAAGACAAGCUUCCUUACCCAGAUGAUGACCCAAUGUCAUUCAUGCAGGACCCUAAAUAUCUGAUCUGGAACCCCAUCAGUCGCAAUGAUAUUUCAUGGAAUUUUGAGAAGUUUCUAGUUGGACCAGAGGGUGAACCUUUCAAGAGAUAUAGCAGGAAGUUUCAGACUAUUAAUAUUGAGCCAGACAUACAAAGAUUGUUAAGGCUGACCAAGAACUAAUCAAAAACAUGUUAAUUGAUCAUAUUUCAUAUCGAGUCUUGUAUUGAUCAUGGUAUUUAAUUAACAGUGUUUUCAAUGUUGGCUGCAUUGUGGCAUCAUCUCACUUUCUUUUAUAUGACUUAAUGAGAGUGAUA